GGAUCUGCCUAUCGCACUGUGGUUCUUUCCUUCGCCCCCAGACUCAGUAGUGGGGACGGGUAGUAGGGAGGCAAACCCAGGGUGCUGGCACCCCAUGAUUCCGACUCGGCUUGCGGCCAGAGAACAGGUUGAAGAGAAAUCCCUGACCUGCACAGAAACUUAUCUGGAAGAUUUUCCAAGUCUGAGAUUCACCCUCACUCUGACUUCACUCACCUUGACCCACCCAGAUCCGUCAUACUCCAAGGCCUGUGCUCUUUCUACGUCAGGCCCAACACUGGAAGCCAUUUAAAGUUCUUACUGAGUCCUCUCAUCCCCUCCUCCUUCACCCCCAAGUCUCCCCCCCUACUCUCCUCCCCCACCUCCAGUUGAUCAUGGCAUCAGAAGCAGGGAGAACAUUCCAGCGGUUUGCUGUCUUCGGAGAAUCAUCAAGCAAUGGCACUGAAAUAAACAACAAAAACUUCUCUAAACUAUGCAAAGACUGUGGCAUCAUGGAUGGCAAGACAGUCACCUCCACUGAUGUGGACAUUGUAUUCAGCAAAGUCAAGGCCAAGAAUGCCCGAACCAUCACAUUUCAACAGUUCCAGGAGGCAAUGAAGGAACUGGGCCAGAAACGAUUCAAGGACAAGAAACCAGAUGAAGCUCUGGAGAGCAUUUUUAAACUCAUGGAAGGCAAGGAUCCAGCUACCACUGGUGUUACUAAAGCAACGACAGUGGGUGGGGUGAGCCGGCUGACGGACACCAGCAAAUACACCGGCACCCACAAGGAGCGCUUUGACGAGAGUGGCAAGGGCAAAGGCAUCGCAGGACGGGAAGAGACAACUGACAACUCAGGCUAUGUGAGUGGCUACAAGGGUGCUGGCACCUAUGACAAGAAGACCAGCAAAUAA